GUUCCUGCUCCUCUCUUCGCCACCUGUUAGUUAGUCUCCCUCUCCUCUCCGCGCUGGAAUCCCCUCUUUUUUUAUGAGGAGUUUCACACUCGCGCUAUCAGUGAGCCCUAUGACUGUCCGUAAAGGAAAACGUUUAGCCAUCUCCAUCCAGGAGCACAUGGCCAUCGACGUAUGCCCGGGCCCAAUCCGCCCCAUCCGUCAAAUCUCUGCCUACUUCCCUCGCCUGUCACCCACUUCCUCCUUCUCCGAGCCGCUCUCGCCAAAUCAGGUGGCAGCUCCCACCACGCUCAGCCCUGGCAGUGCGGGCCAAGGUGGAGGGGCCACCGGGGGAGGAGGGAGCAGCAGUCUGCUGUCACCAGGAGUGGCGGGCGGAGGGGGCUCAUUGUCAGCCAUGAGCAGCAUGGACACCUCCAUCGAGAUCGACAGCUGUGACAGCGAUGAUAACACCUCCUUGGGGACGUUAGAGUUUGAUCUACUGUACGAGAGAGCUACCAGUUCCUUACACUGCACCGUCCUGAGAGCAAAGGGUCUGAAGCCCAUGGAUUUCAACGGUUUGGCCGAUCCUUAUGUCAAGCUGCACCUGUUGCCAGGAGCCUGCAAGGCCAAUAAACUGAAAACCAAGACCGUUCGCAACACGCUGAACCCUGUGUGGAACGAGACGCUCACCUACUGUGGGAUCACCGAGGAAGACAUGUACCGCAAAACACUCAGGGUGUCAGUGUGCGACGAAGACAAGCUGACACAUAAUGAGUUCAUCGGGGAAUCGCGGGUGGCCCUGCGUCGCGUGAAGCCUGACCAGACCAAACACUUUAACAUCUGUCUGGAGCAUCCACCUCCUCUGCCUUCUCCAACUGCGAUGAGCACAGCCCUGAGAGGAAUCUCCUGCUACCUGAGAGAGUGGGAGACUGAGCAGCAGAGAAGUCUCGAGGAGAGAGGCCGUUUGCUGCUCUGCUUGCAGUACCUCCCUCCAGCCAUGGAUGGCGAUGUGAAGGGUGAGGCCAAGGAGAGGGCUCGUGGCGGGCUGUGCGUGGGCGUCAAACGCUGCGCCCACCUGGCAGCCAUGGACGUCAACGGCUUCUCAGACCCCUACGUUAAAACGUACCUCAAGCCAGACGUUCAAAAGAAGUCCAAGCACAAAACAGCGGUCAUAAAAAAGACUCUCAACCCGGAGUUUAAUGAGGAGUUCUUCUAUGAAAUCACCUUCUCAGAGUUAGCCACCAAGACACUGGAGGUCACGGUGUGGGACUACGACCUGGGGAAGUCCAACGACUUCAUAGGCGGUGUGUCCUUAGGGUGCCACUCACAGGGAGAAACUCUGCAGCACUGGAUAGACUGUCUGAAGAACAAGGGCAAGAAGGUAGAGCGCUGGCACACGCUGACCAACGAGCUGCCGGGAUCCACACUGCAGGAAUGAACUGGUCCUCUUCCUCUGUACUGACACUGGAGAGGCUGCCUGACGAGAGACGUUUCAUCGCAUGCCCUGAGGAUUGUCUGCAUGACUAUGAAGGAUUCAUAUCCUACUUACUUUGUGUCAUGAAUGAGAUCAUAAUUCACACCCAAGGGGGGUCACACUCAGAGAUCAAUAAUCUCAUCUUGGAUCUAAAUAGACCUGAUGCAAAUAUGAAGACCCUUCCUAACGCAAAACUGUACAGCCUGAGAAUUUUCAUAAUCAUAUUCAUAGGGAUCCAUGUCCCUUUUGUGGAUUUAAUGUCAGACUAAAUGCUCCUCUGCACUGCUUCAAACUGGUCAGAUCUCAAUCAACAAGACAAAUUGAAAUUGUGCAGGAAAAUAUAACGAGGGAGAGGCUGAAUUAUUCUGCUGUUCGACUCUCAUGUCAGGUUUACUCGCUCUCAUUACAGUCUGCAUGUUAUUUUCAUUGAUCUUUGACAUUAAAACUCCACCGUUAUGACCAUCCAUCUCACAGCGCACAUACCUCUCCCUUGCAAUAAUGUUUUUUCUAAUGCUUCCAGAGACCUUCACGCGGUCUUGAUACUGUCAGACACUUUGUAUCUAUUGAUCCGAUUGUCAUUGGAUUGCCUGCAGACAGCACACCCUGAUAAGACAGUUGGUUCUUCCAUGUUGAUGGUUCGUGUCAGUGAUUUGCAUGUUUGGUGUCGAUGGAGCAAACUAAAAAGACAAAUACGUGCCAGGCUCUGCUGCAGGAUGUUCAUCAUUGUGUUGCUCCCAAUUCUCCUGAGGUGUGUUGCUCUGAUUAACUGAGAGAUUGUUUUAGUUAAUUCAAGAGUAACAGUUUUUUUUAAAUAUCGUUGAGUUGUUUAAUGUGUCGGCUCCGAUAUCACAGUGUCAGUGUCUUGUUGGUGACACGCUGAUGUUGACCUAAAUUUGCUCCACAAUCCCUGAUUUGUACGGAGGAGGAGAGUGAUGUAAUUAACAGGAAGGUCUCAGAGCAGAUUGGUUUAUGGAGAGCUGUGCAUGGUCACACUGUAACACCCAGUGAAUAAAAUCAUCAGCCUUUGUUUGGUAUCUAAAUUAUAAACAUGAAUGGUGUAUAGAGCACAGUGCUGCUGCGUUACUGUGGAUCCUGUUAACCACGCUGCAGAUUUGAUCUCGUGUGGUUAAAGAGGCAUGCUGAUAAUGCCAGUGGUGUUCAUAUGUAAAU